GCGUUAUUUCAAAUUUUUUCGUUUGAAAAAAUUUGCUCUGUUUCAGGCUCCUCUGUUUUUUUUCUCCUAUCUAAAAAAUACUAAAGUUUUACUAUACUGUAUAUAAAUUAAUCUGGUUUUUUGAAUCGGAUUUGUUGUUGAAGAACUUGGGUUUACUGAGUUAUGGCUCGAGAAGUUGGUCAGAUUUGGGGCGGUUCUGGUUCAAGAUUUGAGUUUCAGAACCAAGCUUUUGAUUCUGUUUCGGAGAAUCAGUGUAAUGAAGCCGCCAAUGAUAGAAUUAAAAAAACUUCUAAAGGAAAUAAUCAAGAGCUUCUGAAACUACGUCCAUUCGGUUUGAAACUGAAUCUCACGCCAUCUUUAUUAGAGACAAUGGACAAGAAUUUAUAUAAUGCACCAAAAUCUUCAUCUCCUCCAUCACCAUCACCAUCAAAUGAGAAGUUGAAGGCAUCUAAUUUUCCGGCUUCACUACUCCGAAUCGGUCCAUGGGAGAUAAGAUCUAGAAAUGAAGGAGAAUUAGUAGCUAAAUGCUACUAUGCUAAGAAGAAGUUGGUGUGGGAGAUUUUGGAUAUGGGUUUGAAAUAUAAGAUUGAAAUUCAGUGGAAUGACAUUCUAGCCAUCAAUGCUCAUAUCAAGGAGAAUGAGCCUGGAAUUCUUCACCUUGAGCUAAGUCAGCCUCCUUCAUUCCAUCAAGAAACUGAUCCACAACCAAGAAAACACACCAUUUGGAAAAUGACCUCGGAUUUCACAAAAGGGCCAGCUUUAAGAUUUAGGUGCCAUUAUCUUGUGUUUCCGCCCGGAGUGCUCGACAAACACUAUGAUAAGCUCUUACAAUGUGACACAAGAUUGAAGGCCGCGUCCUGUAAACCUUUUCCUAGUAUGGAGUCACCUUAUUUUGAUCUAAGCCAGUUGAGCUAUACCAAUUAUGGUUUCAAUUAUAAUAGAGAGAGACUGUUUAGUUUUUCGGGUGUGCCUCCUCCUUUGAUGGCUGUUCGUUAUGGACAACAAUAUCAACCGACACUUCCUGCUCUAUCUUUUAAGGAAACACAGUCGCCUGAUUCAGUUAUGGAGUUUUCACAUUCAGAUGAGCGAACCAGCACCAAUGCAUAUGAAAUGGCUAUGUUAGCGGCUCAAGGGACCAUGAACAAUAAUAACAUUAUCUUUGAUUCUUCAACUGCUACACUUCCAUUCAACCGACAGAAUCAAUCUAAUGUUCUUGCUUAUAAUCAUAACUUCAAUAACAAUCCAUCAGUUCUCGAUCCAGAAGAAGCCUCUAAUCAGCUGGUGGAUCACAUGUUACUCAGAAAUCUGGCUGAUGAUUUAUUAAGUGACACUCAAAUAGCUGAAGCUAAUUUCGAUGAGAAUUAUCGAAUGGCAAGAGUAGCGUCGUUGAAUCAAUUGAUUAAUUUGUCUGAGGAAGUGGGUGGCGGCGGUCGUGAUGUUCAGGGUACCAUGGUAAUGACCGGCGCUGGCGAGCAGUAUUAUGGUCAGCAACCAUUUUCUGGCUUGCCUUUGCAAGGUUUUCCUGAGAAUGGAGUGAUGCAUAUUGGUCAGGAGGGUUGGAACAACAAUAUGAGUUAUGGUUCUGUAAUGGCUGAUCCGGGAAUUGAAGAGUUUGGCCGGGUCAAUAGUAUGAAUCAACUCAACUAUUGGAACUUGUGACUAAUAAUGUAAGGAUAGAUGUAGGAGAAAUGUAUAUAUUCAGGUGGUUGGCCGGUUCCGGGCCGAUUUUGACCUAGUUCCGGUUUUGACCGAUUUUCAUCUUGACCGGUUCUGGAUCAAUUUUGAUCCAGUUCUGAUUUUGUCA